AUGAUCGCCGCGCCUCCAUUGACGCAAGCCCCAGCUGCAGCGGCAGCCGGGUUCCGUCGGCCCGCCUCCCACCGGACGGUGCGGUGCGCGGUGGCGGUCGCGUCCGCAUCGCCGGCCUGCAGGUGCACGCUCUAUGAGGUACUUGGCCUGCGCGCCGGUGCCACGGGCGGCGAAAUCAAGGCUGCGUACCGGCGCCUGGCGCGGGAGCUGCACCCUGACGUCGCCGGCGCGACCGGCGACGACUUCAUCCGGCUCCACGACGCGUACGCCACGCUCUCCGACCCGGACGCCCGCGCGCGCUACGACCGCGACUUCGUCGCCAAUGCCUACGCGCAGCCGCCCGCGGCCAGGCCGUCGCCGCACAGCUUCUGGGGACGGCCUCGCCGCACCUGGGAGACCGACCAGUGCUGGUAGUGGUAGAUCCGACCUCGCCGCGACCGGUAGCUUCGGACCUGUGAAUACCAACGCCAGCACCGCACUCGUUGGCCGCUCACCUGAGAUUUUUUUUACUACGGUGAACACCCCGUGCGCCUGUGCACAUCUAACCCAGCGGCAUCCUCUCUUCUGCCGUUCUGAAUGUGUAGUCAUCUUCAGAAACUUAGUAGAAUUAAUCUUCGCAACAAU